AUGACCCCACAACCUGAAGAUCAGCAUAAUUGUCAGAAUGGCUCACAUCAAGUCCACAUCUGUGUCCUCGCCCUCUCACCAGCAGGCACUUCUCUCGACACACUGCAGAAACCUGACUGGUUGAUACGGACACCUCUCGGCUCCCCUUGUUCCCUGCUGGCUUCCACAGCACCCAGCUAUACCAAUAUACAGAGUCAUAUGAGAGUCCAAAUAAAGGAGAACCCAUACAGCUGUGAGACUUGCAACAAGGAUUUCUCACAUAAAAAUAAUACAGUGAUCCAUAUGAGAAUACAUACAAAGGAUAAGACACAGAGCUGUGAGAUAUGCAAUAAAGCCUUUUCACAGAAACAGAAUCUGAUGAGGCAUAUGAGUAUACACAAAAGAGAAGCCAUAAACCUAUGA